GAUUUUUUAUUCCUCUAACAUUCAACUAAACACACGUGUAGAUAGAAGCCGAAGUGAUGAAGCAAAGCAUCAAAAGAAUCUAGAGUUAUGGCUUCGAUCUCAUGCACUGUAACUCACCAGCCCUUUACUUCAAAACCUGUGAAUUCUCGAUCUUCUUUCCCAAAAUUCAGCUCCCAGUUUCUGGGUACCAAAAACAAUCUCAAAUGGUUUAGACCCCUCAGAAUGGGACCCUCCAAUGGGUCCAAAGUUCAGUGCUGGUUUAAGUUUGGUAAAAAUGGCGUUGAUGCUGAAGGUGCUGGCAUUUAUGGAAGCCAGUCACGUGAUGACUUUGAUAGAGAUGAUGUUGAGCAGUACUUCAACUACAUGGGGAUGCUUGCGGUUGAGGGUACAUAUAAUAAGAUGGAGGCUUUCUUAAGCCAAAACAUUCACCCGGUUGACAUCUUACUGAUGCUCGCUGCCUCAGAGGGCGACAAACCAAAAAUCGAAGAGCUAUUGAGAGCUGGAGCUAAUCACACUGUCAAGGAUGCUGAUGGACAAACCGCACUUGAUAGAGCUGCAAGUGAUGAAAUCAAGGACUUCAUCCUGGGUUUUUCAGCCCAAAAGGCAUGAUCUAGUUCACACUUAUCAGUGUUGUUUCAAUUAAUUAUAUUCAUGGCUAUUUUUAUUGCUGUUAUUAGCAUGUAAUAGUAUGAGUAAAGUGUGUUUUAUCUGGUUCUUCAUGAGGAUAAUAGGAAAUAAAAAAUUAGGCAGAAAAUGGAAUAACAACAAGAGUAUUACAGGAAGAAUAGUUUAAGAAUGUAUGGUAUGUUAAUAUGAAAAUCCAAAGUUAAUUUCAA